GGAACAGAAGUGAUCCCUGAAGCUGCUUUUCCCAUGCCAUCACCCAGGGUACACUUUUGACAGAACAAAUCUCCUCUCAGUCUGACCCACCCUACUACCAUUACUUCCCUGGCUUGAGAUAAAUGUUUAUGGGCUGCCAGUAAACACGGUUUCAAAGUCCAGAGUCCCUAUAUCUCUGGUGCCUACAGCCUGGGUUGUGCCAGGGAGACUCUAAGGAGAACACUGCAACUUUCUGUCACAUCAUACGGAGCCACUCCUUUCCCAUGGCUCCUGUGCCUCAGGUUGCUGCCAGAGCUUCUCUUCUCUCUGGGCCAUCCGUCUUUCCCUCCCAUCAUCUCUCCAUAGCAUGAGCUUGAUCGAGAAGAAACAUCCAUGGCUCUUAUGCUCACCUUGGUUCUCAGCCUCCUCGAGCUGGGGUCAGGCCAAUGGCAGGUGCUUGGACCAUACAAGCCUGUAGGUGCCUUGGUGGGGGAGGACACAGUGUUCUCCUGCUUCCUCUCUCCUGCGACAAAUGCAGAGGCCAUGGAAGUGAGGUUCUUCAAGGAGCGAUUCUCCACUGUGGUCCACCUGUACAAGGAUGGAGAAGACCAGAAGUACUUGCAAGUACCAGCCUAUCGAGGGAGAACUGUACUGGUGAAGGACUUCAUGGCAGAUGGGCAUGUCUCCCUGGUAUUGAAGAACAUCACGCUUUCAGAUGCUGGUCUAUACGGGUGCUGGUUUAACUCCCAGACCUAUGACAGAGAGGCUAUCUGGGAGCUGAAAGUGUCAGCUCUAGGCUCAACUCCUGUGAUCUCUGUCAUGGGAUAUGGUGAUGGAGGUAUUCAACUACUCUGCCAGUCCUCAGGAUGGUUUCCCAAGCCUACGGUGAAAUGGAAAGGUCCAAAAGGACAAGUUUUAUCCUCAGGCUAUAAGACGAAUUCAGACAGGAACAAUCUAUUUAAUGUGGAAACCUCCUUUACAAUCCAAGAAAAUACUGGCAAUGUAUCAUGUGCCAUCCAGCUUGUUGAACACAGUCAAGCAGUGGAAUCCAGUGUGUGGAUAAGAGAGAGUUUUUUCAAGCCCUCAUCCUGGCGCCUACCUUCUAUUUUACUGGGAAUCCUCUGCUUUGGUCUAUUUGUCGGUGUUACAGGGAUGAUAGUGGUAUAUCUCUCCAUGUCUAGAGGUAAAAUCUCAGCAGAACUGGACUGGAGAAGGAAACAUGGGACAGCAGAGUGGAGAGAAGCCCGGAAACAUGCAGUGGAGGUGACUCUGGACCCAGACACGGCUCAUCCACAGCUCUACGUUUCUGAUCUGAAAUCUGUAAUAUUUAAGGAAGCUCCUCAGGAUGUGUCCUACACAGAGAAGAGAUUUAAGAGAAAGUGUGUGGUGGCUUCUCAGGGUUUCCAGACAGGGCAGCAUUACUGGGAAGUAGAUGUGGGACACAAUGAAAGUUGGUGCUUGGGCGUGUGCCAGGAUAAUGUGCACAGGUGGGAGGAAGAUUUGGAUUUGUCUCCCAUAAGGGGGUACUGGGUUCUUCGACGGAGAGAAGAACAUGACUACUUCACAUUAGAUCCCCAUAGAGUUACCGUUGUUCCUGGAAUCCAUCCUACAAGAGUGGGUGUCUUCCUAGACUGUGAACGUAGGAUCAUUUCUUUCUUCAGUGUAAAUGAUCAGUCCCUCAUUUAUACCAUGGAUUAUCCAUUAGAAGGCACAUUGAGGCCCUAUAUCUUGCCUCAAACCUAUAAAGAGAAUGAGCUGACUCCCAUAUUCAUCCCCUCUUUGUCUCAGGAAUGAUAGAGAAGUCCUUUCCUAAAAGCACCAGUCCCACCCAUAGACACAAAGGAACUCCCAGAAGGUGACUGAACUCUUCCUCUUCAGGAGCAAUGCCCAGAGGGAAUAAUGGACCACACUUUCCUUUAGGCUACAAUAGUUACUUUCCUGGCCCCAGAACCUUGCAGCUGUCAGAAGUGAUGGCUUCCAGAUGAGAAGAGGUAGACUCAUUCAUGUAGAAUUGAGGUGGAGGGUGGAGAAGGUUCACACUGUAUUUCAUUUGAACAACUGCAUCGAGCUAAGUCACACUCUCUCAGACU